AUGAGCAGCGAAACCAUCCCCGAGGAAGGCUCCUCCCUGCCCACCCAGAGCCAGCAUUACUUUGACCGGUUCUCAGAAGAUGACCCUGAGUACCUGCGCAUCCGGAACAUGGCUGCUGAUCUGCGCCAGGACUUCAACCUGAUGGAACAGAAGAAGAGGGUCACCAUGAUUCUGCAGAGCCCGUCUUUCAGAGAGGAACUGGAGAGCCUCAUCCAAGAGCAAAUGAAGAAAGGAAACAACUCCAACAUCUGGGCCCUUCGGCAGAUUGCAGACUUUAUGGCCAGCACGACUCCCUCCGUCUUCCCCACAUCGCCCUUGAACCUCUCCACGGUGAUGCCCAUCAAUGACCUCCAUGCCACUGACUCUGCGUCCCUGGCCAAAGGAGAGAGGCUCAUGCGCUGCAAAGUCGGCAGCGUUUACCGGCUGCUGGAGCUUUACGGCUGGGCUCAGCUCAGCAGCACCUACGUCACGCUGAGAGUCAGCAAAGAGCAGGACCAUUUCCUGGUUUGCCCUCUGGGCCUUUCCUGCCAUGAAGUUACAGCUUCUAGUUUAAUUAAAGUGAAUGUCCUGGGGGAAGUGGUGGAGCAAGGCAGCACCAGCUUCCCGGUGGAUGCUCGAGGGUUCAGCCUGCACUCCGCCAUCUACGCGGCGAGACCUGACGUGAGAUGCAUCAUCCAUCUGCACACCCCAGCCACAGCCGCGGUGUCUGCAAUGAAAUAUGGUCUCUUGCCAAUUUCCCAUGAUGCACUGCUGGCAGGGGACAUGGUGUACUUUGACUUCAAUGGUGAGAUGGAGGAAGAAGCAGACAGAAUUGAGUUGCAGAAGUGUCUAGGACCCACCUGCAAGAUCCUAGUGCUGCGGAAUCAUGGUCUGGUGGCUCUUGGGGACACGGUGGAAGAAGCAUUCUACAAGAUCUUCCAUUUGCAAGCUGCCUGUGAAGUACAGAUCUCGGCCUUGUCCAGCGCUGGUGGAGCAGAUAAUCUCAUAGUGCUGGAGCGAGAAAGACACAGGCCCCACGACGUUGGCUCCGUGCGAUGGGCUGGCAGCACUUUCGGACCCAUGCAGAAGAGCCGCCUGGGAGAGCACGAGUUCGAGGCGCUGAUGAGGAUGCUGGACAAUCUAGGCUACCGGACCGGCUAUGCAUACCGCUAUCCAUUUGUCCAGGAGAAGACCAAGCACAAGAGUGAAGUGGAGAUCCCUGCCACCGUCACGGCCUUUAUCUUUGAAGAGGAGGUGGCUCCCAUCUCAACUCUCCGGCAACAUGCCCAGAAGCAACAGAAAGAAAAGACCCGUUGGCUAAACACGCCAAACACCUACCUGCGUGUGAAUGUCGCUGAGGAAAGCCAAGGCAGCGCAGGCAGCCAGAGAACCAAAACCACAUGGAUGAAAGCUGACGAGGUAGAAAAAUCCAGUAGUGGAACACCAAUCCGAAUUGAAAACCCAAACCAAUUUGUGCCUCUCUAUACGGAUCCACAAGAAGUUCUGGAAAUGAGGAACAAGAUUCGUGAGCAAAACCGCCAGGAUGUGAAGUCAGCAGGGCCCCAGUCCCAGCUGCUUGCCAGCGUGAUCGCGGAGAAAAGCAGAAGCCCGUCUACUGAGAGCCACUUGGCAGACGGAGAGAUGAAAGACGAAUCGGGCAAAGAGGUUCCCCCUGAGCCGGAGACACCAAACCCCUUCAGCCAGCUAACAGACCAGGAACUGGAGGAGUAUAAGAAAGAGGUGGAGAGAAAGAAGUUGGGUCUUGACGGUGAGAAGGACACCAGUCUGGAGGAAGAGGUGACUUCCACUGUUGAAUCUACGGUUACCCUCACAGAACAGAGUCCCACAAAGCCUGUGUUAAAAAGCCCACCCAUGUCACCCUCCAAGUCUUCAGAAGGUGGGACAAAAACAGACAGUGGCCAAGCGCCCCCCGAUCCUGCCACGGGAGACAAGAAGGCUGAGCCCGAGGCGGUGGUGGUGAAUGGAAAAGAGGAUGACCAGAACAUCGAGGAGGUCCUCAGCAAAGGAAUCAGCCAGAUGACCACCAAUACAGACACCGACACCAACAAGGACAAAAUGGAGUCAGUCACCAGUGGGCCUGUGUCUCCGGAAGGCUCGCCGUCCAAGUCUCCUUCCAAGAAGAAAAAGAAAUUCCGGGCCCCCUCCUUCCUGAAAAAGAGCAAAAAGAAAGAGAAGGCGGAGUCUUGAGCUAUCCCACCCCCUGCCUCUUCUCCCCUCUCCUUCUCCUCUUCUUCCUCCUCCUCCUCC